UGUUUUUAAAACUUGGGACGCAUUAUAUUGGAGCUGUGACUAACAUAGUCGUCGCCUGUUACGUUCUUACUUAAUUACCCAGCUGGUGGUGGAGCCGGCGUGUAUGGCGUCAACGCCGGAGCUGCUUCUUUUGGCGGUGGUUCUUUGGUUUGUAGCCACCGAUCAUCACGUCUCAUCACGUGAGCCGCGCAAUGAUCAGGAAGUAAUGGAGGACCUGAUGGCACAUCUCCAGUUUCCGAACAAUAUAACGCCGCAGAGCUGGAAUAAAAACAAUGACAAAUGCGAGUGGGAGAAUGUGGAAUGCGAUGACAGUACAAGCCGGGUUUCGGGGAUCCAUAUCGGAAACCUGAGCCUCGGCGGGACUCUGCCGGACACUCUCGGAAACCUCACUUACCUGAAGACGCUCGAAGUGAUGGACAACCACAUCGGCGGGGCACUCCCCGAUUUCGGCGGCCAGUUGACCAUUCUCGAGACGCUCAACCUGUCCAACAACAAUUUCACCGCAAUCCCGCCGGAAUUCUUUUCCGGCAUGGCUUCCUUGGUCACUGUUUCUUUAGACAACAACCCUUUAGCUCCCUGGAAUUUAUCUUCCGCCUCUCUGACCGAUUCUGGAAAUCUGGUGACUUUCUCCGCCGCCAAUUGCAGUCUUUCCGGGACCAUACCCGGCAUUUUCAGCGGCGAGACGUUCACGAACCUACAGAACCUCAACUUGUCGCUCAAUAAUUUGACCGGCGAACUCCCCCGCCGCUUCUCCUCACUCACUUCUCUUGUGACCCUGCAGCUGAAUGACCAAACCGGGUACGGAUUGGGUGGCACCUUGGAUUUUCUGCAGGGCAUGACGGAGCUGACCCAGGUCUGGUUGCAGAACAACACAUUUUCCGGCCAGAUUCCGGACGGCCUUUCGUCCUUGGAGGAUUUCCGCGCGAAUAUGAACCUUCUCACCGGCCCGGUCCCGGUUUCGAUGGCAAAAGAUCCACUCCGGGUGGUGAAUCUGGCCAACAAUCUCUUGCAAGGUCCGCCACCGAUGUUCGGGGAUCAAGUGCUGGUGGAUUCUGGGAUGUACACUAAGGGGAAUAACAGCUUCUGUUCGACUAAUCCCGGCGACCGGUGUGGCCCUCAGGUCGACAUUUUGCUGGACAUAGCCAGCCAUUUCAGGUACCCUGUUGUGCUUGCAAGUUCCUGGAAGGGGAACAAUUCUUGCAGCCUCAACCCGAAAUGGGCCGGGGUAACCUGCGAUGGAGGGGGGAACAUUACGGCUCUCAACUUUACACACUUUUCGCUCUCAGGGACAAUCUCGCCGGCGAUUUCAUCCCUCACAGAACUGCGUAAUUUGAGUCUGGCGAAUAACAACCUGACUGGACCUAUUCCUGAAGAGCUUUCAGGCUUGAAACAUCUUCAGAUGCUGGAUGUUUCUUAUAAUAAUGGCCUUUGUGGUAGUGUCCCUAACUCACUUGCCAAUGUCACAGUUUCCAUAGGAAAUGCCAAUAUAGCACAAGAUUGUCCUCGUUCUCCUCCUGCUUCUACUCUCCACCGUAAUUCCUCCUACUCUCAACCAUAAUGAUCUGUAACUUCAUCUGAAAUUCAGACGUUUUUGUAUUUCCAUUUGAACCAUAUCCAGAACCAUAUCCAGGUCAUGCCGUGCAAUCCCCGGAUUUAUGUUACAUUUUAUACUAUAGACUACUUGUGUAUCACUCUCUUUGAACACAUUAAUUAGUUAAUUACACAUCAAUGAAUGCUGAAUAUAU